AUGUCGUCUAACAAGCGGCAUUCUAUGUUGCCCGCCGUCUCCAACCAAGGCCCACGACCUCCAGUCAGCUUCUCGUCUUCUCUCACCGUUGCCGACAGCGCCAUUCUCGUCGGAACACACUCGAUUACGAUCCAGUCAGAAAGUGUAUUGCAUCCGCGAUCUAAGCUUGAGACCACGAACGGCAGCAUCCUCAUCGGUCGGAGGUGCAUCAUCCACGAGCGGGCCCAUAUCGGCGUAAUUGGAAAUGACGACGCCAGCGGAGGCAUUUCGCUAGGAGAUUACGUGACGGUAGAGGUUGGCGCCAUCAUUGAAGCUGGAGGCACAGAAAUUGGAACAGACACGGUGGUUGGGGUCCGAUCUCGGAUCGGAAAUGGUGCUGUCAUUGGCAAGAACUGCACAAUCUCGCCUUUGACUGUCAUCAAGCCUGGUGAAAAGAUCCCCGAUUUUACAGUGGUUUACUCGAAUGGGCAACGACGGACCGAUAGGCGGGGAGUUGCCGACCUGAGACACAAGGCGCAGGCGCGGCAGAUUGAUGUGCUUAGGAGAUUGAUACCCAACAAGGCUGAGAAGUGGCUGAGUUAA